CCUCUACACGAUUAGUGACUGGAGGGCGCUGAAGCUUUUUUGUUGUUGUCGUGCUUGCCGUCGAUUUCAAGAGCACCCUCCUGUUGAAACCAAGAAACCAAUACAGCACAGCAACACCGAGGAGUCGCCGCAACCAACCGCUUGGCUUGGUCUGUGUUGUGAGUGUGCUAACAACUACAGUACUAGCCAGACAAACACCACUACUUCUAGCUACAGUUCCUGUUGCUGGUUACUUACUGUACCAUGGCGGAUCCAAAUCGCAACUCCACCACCGAAAACGGAGCCGAACGGCCCGCACUGGGGUACAAUCGAACCCGAUCUGCCGACGUGGACAACAGGGCGUAUCGCAACCACAGCAGUCAAGCCGCCACCAGUCAGAGGGCUCUGUUAGCUCGAGAUUGGUCAACGGCACAUAUCAUUCAGGGUGAUGGACAGAUAUCCAGAGACAGCCAGACCAACCUGGAAGCAAAUUUGGGUAAUAGUUGGGGGUCAAGUGGUGGAGGAUUUGGUGGUGAUCCGGUGGCGGGGUGGGCACAAGGCAGUUGGUCCAAUGUGGCUGCAGACCCCGCCCAUCGUUCGAAAUCGAUUACCACCAGUCAUAUUCCGCCCAUGGCACGUCAAUCCAGACGGGCAGCGACCGAAGGAGCGUCACCGAGAAAAUCGGCCAUACUGCAUCCCUCGGCCAUGCACGAUGCGGCACGGCUCAUGGACUGGGACAAGGUCCUCCAAAUUUGUCAGCAGAAUCCAGCAUCGGCUGGAUUUGUCGGUCAUCAGGGAUUCACGGCCUUGCACCAUCUCUGCAGUCGUCGUUGUCCCCGUGCGGAUGUAGCCGAAGCAGUCAUCAAAGGCUGUCCCGAGGCGCUGUUGAUGGUGGAAACCAACAAGGGAUGGACGCCCCUCCAUUUCGCCUGUAGAUUCAAAUGCAACAAAGACGUGGUUCACAAACUGUUGAACUUGGUUCCGCAAUUUGGUUCAAAAGCUGUGUCCAAACUUGACAAACAGAGACGUACCCCAUUGUGGCAUGCGGUACGAUACGAUGCUCCGACGGGAGUUGUGCCUCAGCUGUUGGAAGUGGAUCCAUCCGUGAUUUUGAAAGAGGGCAGUGAGUCACCCUUGCAGCUUUUCUGGGAUGCCUAUGCAGAAAAAAUGGAAGGAAGGAGGGCGUUGCUCCCUUUUAUUGGAGAGCAAGAAGGCGAAAGAGCCUCGCCGGCGGUAUUGCGUGAAAGGCUCGCAAAAUCAAAAGACUUGUUCAACAAUUGGGAACGAGCUAAUAUCUUCCUCAAGGCAGCCUUUAGAUACCACCUUGAUGAGAAGAACGCAUUGGCCCAUGUGGGCGACAGAAAGUGGCGGAUUCUUCAUGUAACGGCUGCCGCGAAAUGCCACGCUAGCCUAUUUCAGAUGGCAUGUGUCCUUCACCCCGAACAGGCGAGGGAAUUGGACGAUAGAGAUCUCUAUGCUGCAACCGAUGAUUCGACAGAAACCAAAAAUCAAACGGCUCUCCAUUUGGCAGCCUCUUCCAACGCCUCGGGGCCCCACGGAAGAGGGAUCAUUGCAGAACUGAUGAGAAUGUAUCCCGAGGCGGUGAAUAUGGCAGAUCAGAUCGAUGGGGGCUACCCUCUCCACAGAAUUGUUGAGAACAAGCACAAGCAGCAUUGGACUCUUGACGGCGCUUGCGCCAUCUUUGAGGCAAACCGUCAGGCUGUAGACGCCAGAGAUAGCAACGGAAAAGUCCCUUUGCAUCGCGCCGCCACUGCAAUCGCAGCCCAUCACCAGAGACCGAAUAAUAACAACGACGACGAUGGCGACGGCGAUGACGAUGACCAACAGGAUGCCCCGCCUGUGGAAGUAGGCAACAGCUCCAUCAUACACAACUUGCUUUUGCUCUCCCCAGCCGCGGCUAACGUUCGCGACAAUGACGGCUGCACUCCCUUCCACAUGGUUGCCAUGAAUUGUGGCGACUGGACGGACGAAGUCCAAGCCGUGUACGCCGCCAACACAAGGGCCAUCACCAUGAGAGCUGGCAGAGCCGUGCACAACUCUCUCCCCAUUCAUCUGGCGGCAGCCAAUCCCAAAGCCACUCGAUCCGCCAUCAAAAAGAUGGUGGAGCUGAACCCUCGAGGUGUGUCUCAGGCGGACGGGCAAGGAAAGCUUCCUCUUCACAUGGCCUGCGAAUUGGGCAAAGACUGGGAAGACGCUGGGCUUGAUCUUAUCCACAAUGCAUUUGAACGAGCUGUCACCAUGCCAGAGGAGAACGCGCGCCAUUGGACGGCCUUGCACAUGGCCGCUGCGUCGGCUACACCGUGCGGCGGUUUGAUCAAAAGGCUGGUGGAGUUGCAUCCGGAAGCCUGUAGAAUUCCAGACACGGAGGGACGGCUGCCUUUUCAUUUGGCGUGUGAGGCAGGGAAGACUUGGGAAAAAGGAUUGCGUCAUCUCUUCGUAGGGUAUCCUCCCGCUAUUGCCACCGUCGACAACGAGGGGCGGCUUCCCUUGUAUAUCGUUGCCGAUCAAUAUGCCCAUGCUUCGAUCGCCAGAGCAAUGGGCGAAGAGGACGCUAACCACGAUGCGAAAGAGUCUGUUGAAUUAGAUGUGAUGUACAAUUUGGUGCGGUCUGACCCUACCACCGUUCCAGAGGCGAGUUAAAUGUAAUGCCUGAAUGGGCUUACGUUACAUGUGCGUUGAUGGGACGUUUAGAUAUUCUCAUUAUAUUAGAUAGUUUAUAGAUUAUUCUAUCACCUC